AUGGCAUACUUUCUAGGGAUGGAUAUUUUGUACUUUGAGAAGAAUAUCAUUCUGUAUCAACAAAAGUAUGAACUUGAGCUUCUGAAGAGAUUUGAGCUGAAAAAAUGCAAGUGUGCAGUCACACUUGCUGAGAUGGAUCACAAGCUGGAUUCUGAUGAUGAGGGUGGUGAUAUAGAUGCUACAACUUUUAAACAGAUUCUGAGGUAUAUUAAGAGGACUUUGAAGUUUGAAGUUUUGUUCCCUUUUGGAACUAAAAGUGAGUCAGAACUGAUGUGCUACUCAAAUUCUGACUGGUUUGGUGAUAGAGUUGACAGAAGAAGAAAUUCUAGAUAUUUUUUCAAAUAUCUGAGAAGUCUCAUUUCUUGGUUCUCCAAGAAGCAACCAGUGGUUGCAUUGUCAACUUGUGAAGUUGAAUACAUUGCAGGAUCUGAAGAUCAAGGUGAUGAAGCUUGUGAAGUUGAUGAUUGA